CGGUUUACAUUGAGCGUACGCACAAUGAAAGGCGGAAAGAAAAGAAAAACAAAACGGUAAAGGGAUAACGCGUCGCGGUAGGUAACUUAUAGAAAUUGCCUGAAGGGCUUUUGAAAGGGCUGUACAGAGAGUGGAGCCACCAACCGGUUUCUGGAUGGUUGCCUUUGAAACGGCAGGGUAUAUUGAGUAUAUCCCUAUUACUAGGAAGAAAAAGAGUCAAAAGGGAAGUCAAUUAACAAGGGUGUGUACUGGCGCCCUUAAAAUUACUCAGAGCCAUGCUAGUUGAUACAGGCAACCACACAGAUACGUAUACCGAAAAUUUAUAUAUGAACCAAGUAGAGUCAAAUUGACUCCAAGACACCCGGGUGCAGGACACAUAUUUUCAUCCCUAUAUUAGGGUUGAAGUUUGACUGGGAUUGCAAGUACCGGGUAUCUUAAGCAUACUCACAGGACGAUAAGGACUUUCUUAUCUCAAAUGUGUAAUAGGAGAUCUGAAGAAUCCUUAUCUUUCUUCCUAGAAUGACAUCUUAGUAUCCUGUCUUAUCGAAAGAUUAAUUGCAGCUGCGUGGAUGUGUGGAUCCGAAUAUGUACUUGCCCGUUGGGUGUAUCCUUGCAAGUUAUACGACGCAGGCGCGUAAUAAUGUGUAGAGGGCUUGAGGAUAAAGGGAGGGGGAGAGAGAGAGAGAGAGAGAGAAAGAGAGUCAGCAUCCCCCUGAUAUGCAUCCCCUACGAAAAGUGAGCGGAUCAAUAAUUCCCACGACGUGUACUCAGCUCUGAUAGCAGUGCCGUCGCAUCUACCGGAAGCGGUGACUCCGUGCUAGGUCAGGAUCGAUCAGAAAACACGCGACCACCAUAGGAGUGGCGCGCGACCACUCGUCGGCCAGUUGAAAAUCUAAAGGGCGGAAAGAGAGUCGAAAGGAAAGCCAGUUGCGUAUGGGGAGUCGCGCGUGUGCGAGAGUGGCGACCGGUUAGGAUCAGUCACGUAUCGGUGAAUAUGGUGCCCCAUUAUUUUUGGUUCUACCAAAUUUUCAGGCGCCCGGAUUAGCUACGUCGAGAGGACUGGUAACGAUCCUGGGAGGGGCGAUGGUGAAGAAAUUAUUUCUGAAAAAGAAAAUAAUAAUAAUAGUGCUAUUGAACUCCGUUAACGGCUACGCGGUUACUAUUUAUACUGUACCGUUUCUUGCGCCCUUUGUUGGUACACUCCUGUACCCACAGGGGCCUACGGGACAUAGUUCAGUGGGGUGCGCGCACUCGCCGAGUGCCGUAGCCAAACCCUAUCUAUCUCUCGUCUUGUAGAAGAGAAUUGUAGUCAUCGAGGAGGAGGAAUCAAAGGGCAUCCCCUGGUGAUACUGAAGAAGCAUCGAAUGGAGAAGCAUUAACGGAGAAGGAGGAGGUCGCGGGAACGGUGGAGGUCGUCGAGGUUGUGGAUAAGGUACUCGGGGAAGGGAAGGACGACGCAUGCUUUCUCCGGCGGCCGCAAUCACUGCCAAAACGGACCGAGAGGUACAACAAUUUGAAUUCAUCAAUGGAGCAACCAGAAGAGACGGCACGGAAGUUACUGGAACGCGAGCUCAGAUUAUUGGAUCCACGUGAUUUACGUUCCCACGCUUGGUACCAUGGUAGUACAUUACGUGGUGGACGAAAAGGCGCUGAAAAUGAGGUUCCUAAUGACGGUGACUUCCUGGUGCGAGACUGCGCCUCCCAACCUGGGAAUUACGUCCUGACUGUACGUUGGAAAGGACAGGUCCUGCACUUCGUCAUCAACAGGGUCGUCAUACAACCGGAUACUGUUUAUGAAAGAGCACAAUAUCAAUUUGAGGAUGAAGCCUUCGAUACGGUAGCAGACCUAAUAACGUUCUAUGUCGGAAGUGGGAGGCCAAUAAGUCAAGCCAGUGGUGCCAGGAUAGUAAAUCCUAAGCCUAGGUGCGUGCCGUUGACGUGCGUAGCGCCACCAGGAAGUCAGCAUUGCUCAAGUCCUUCCUCUUCCUCCUUGACCACCGGUUCACCUCCGCGAUUACCUCGAAAGCAGCAACGCAGUCAUUCACUGACGCCCCAGCAACACUCCGCUGAGCAGCAUGUGAAUCAGAAUCAGGUUCAGCAGAGCUUACCACAUCCAGUUCAGUCGAGUACACUGCCAAGGGUUCCACCCAUUCAGAAUCAGCCGCCGUCAUGUUCGCUAUCAUUGGGAAGACAGAAGAUCACUAGAGUCAUAUCUGACCCUGCCCUUCAGCAACAGCAGCUACAAACACAGCACAGUAUCAAUCAUCAGGGUAUAACUGCACCACCAAAACCACCAAGAGUACCAUACAUACCGAACCAUCAGCAACAGCAUUAUCAUCAUCAUCAUCACCACCACCAGGCUUACCAAGCGUCAGGCAGUGACAGUGGAAAUGGGUCUGGUGAUAGCGAGUUUGAAAUGAAUAAUUCAGGUGGUACCAAUCCUGCACUGCCAAUCAAAGGUGUCAUUAUCAGAAGUCAUUAUAACGUCAUAGAGAGCACCAACAGCAAUGGUAGUGACUAUGAGCUGUCAACAGAAGAGCAGUUAGUGGUAGCAGCUCCGUCUCUAGAGAUAUCAACCGUUCUGGACCUUGAAGGAUUUUCUACGUUAUUAUUACCGUCUGGGGAUCAUCGACCCUUAGACCCUACCGCUCUAAGGGGUGUCUCAGGAAUGCUUCAUGAAUCCGCACCAAGAGUCCUUGCUUCACAUCUGACACGGAUCGACCUAGAAGUGGCACUAAAUCCAGGAUCUGGUAACAGAAGUGGCUUAAGUGGCUUGGAAUUGGCCACUUUACCUCAUGGCCAUCAAGCGAGGGUGGAUCUCAUAGAAAGGUCGGAAUGCAUAAAGCUUCUUGUCGCCGUGACUGUCUUGGCCGGCGCCACUGCCAUCGAAAGAGCCGCCACCAUAAGCAAGUGGAUAAGAGUUGCUGUCGACACGAAAACAGCCCUUGGGAAUCUCUAUGGCUUCUGUGGUGUUAUGCUUGGUUUAUGCUUACCUCAGAUACAGAGACUGGCUAAUACCUGGCAUCUACUUAGACAGAAACAUACUGACGAAGCUUUCAGUUUCGAGGCUAAACUUAGGCCUACUUUACGUGCCAUGAAUGAGUGUACCAACCCCCAAGCACCAAAUACCACAUUGCCACAUCUAUUACCUAUCGCUCUUCUUGGUGAAAGAGGACCUGAAGAUGUUCUAGGAACGGUCGCCCCCUCCGGGUUAGCAGCAGCCAUAUUGUCUCCAUGGGAGAAUUCAGCGUCCGACUGUGGACUUUCUAUUGUCUGGUCACACUUGGAAUCGGCCCGGAAGUUAGCAGAGAGUCUUCCACUCUUUCGUCGAAAUGCCGAAAUCGCCCUCGAGGGAUGCCGAAGCGACGAACUUCUCACUGAUGCGUUUCGCACGGAAUUUCAUAUAAAAUUCUUGUGGGGUAGUCGUGGCGCCACCGUAGCUCCUGAAGAAAGACACCUCAAGUUCACUCAAGUCUUGGACGCCAUGUUCGACAAGUGUACGGCCACAGAAGUAUCUGCGUAAACUCGUCGUCUAGUAUCUAAGAUGCGACACUGGAUUUAAGUGGUCGGUAAACGCGCUAUUCAUGAAAUGGAAUGUAUUAACGAUUCCGGAUAUCUCGUAACACUUUAAAACCCGUGACAAUACGAUUUGAGCGCGUUCAAAAUGUAGGGCAAUGUAUUUAGAAGAUAUGAAGCACGCCUGAUAUCGUGUACUUAAUUCUAAUCGACUGUAUAUUCAAUCAAUAUUAAUUAUAUUGUACAUGUUGUUCAUGUUUGUUUAUACGCACAGGGUGUAGCGAGUUUAGGUACUCAAAACGAUUCGAUUUACUUUAAUUCAAAACUAGAAAUAUUACAUUGAAUCGUUUCACGUAUCUUGUUCAUAUGUCAUGUAAGAACUAUUUGGGAUUUGAUCCCACAUCUCAAUAACAAACAUAAUUGACCUGA